CAAGCGAAACGCUGCUGUUUGAAAUUAGCUCUCGGAGUCAUGGAGUUCUUUGCUCAUGAAUUUGGCAACGCAGAACCGCAGCAUCUCGCCGCUCCUGUCAACACCGUUGAGGAAAAGUGGAGACUGCUACCAGCUUUUCUGAAGGUGAAAGGCUUGGUGAAGCAGCACAUUGAUUCUUUCAACUAUUUCAUUAAUGUAGAGAUAAAGAAAAUAAUGAAAGCAAAUGAAAAGAUCACAAGCGAUGCUGAUCCAAUGUGGUAUUUGAAGUACCUCAAUAUCUAUGUGGGCAUGCCUGAUGUUGAAGAGAGCUUCAAUGUGACCAGACCGGUGUGUCCACAUGAGUGUCGUCUGAGGGACAUGACCUACUCCGCACCGAUCACAGUAGACAUUGAGUACACCCGAGGCAGCCAGCGGAUCAUUCGUAACGCGUUGCCUAUUGGAAGAAUGCCCAUCAUGCUGCGUAGCUCGAACUGCGUUCUCACAGGAAAGACGCCUGUCGAGUUCUCUAAGCUGAACGAAUGCCCCCUGGACCCAGGGGGCUACUUCAUUGUCAAGGGCCAAGAAAAAGUCAUUUUGAUCCAGGAGCAGCUGUCAAAGAACCGCAUAAUUGUAGAGCAGGACCGCAAGGGUGCCGUCGGGGCCUCUGUUACCAGCUCCACCCAUGAGAAGAAAAGCAGAACAAACAUUAUUGUCAAACAGGGCAGGUUCUAUCUUAGGCACAACACCCUAUCUGAGGAUGCUCCCAUUGCCAUCAUUUUUAAGGCAAUGGGUGUGGAAAGUGACCAGGAGAUAGUGCAGAUGAUUGGGACUGAGGAGCACGUCAUGGCUGCCUUUGCACCAAGUCUGGAGGAAUGCCAGAAGACUCAGAUCUUCACCCAAACCCAGGCCCUGAGGUUUAUUGGGAAUAAAGUGCGACGUCAGCGGAUGUGGGGAGGGCCGAAGAAAACAAAGAUGGAAGAAGCCAGGGAGUUGCUGGCAUCUACUAUUCUCACACAUGUUCCUGUGAAAGAGUUUAACUUCCGAGCCAAGUGUAUUUACUUGGCAGUUAUGGUACGCAGGGUGAUUUUGGCUCAAGGGGACAAUAAAGUGGACGACAGAGACUAUUACGGAAACAAGCGUCUGGAGUUGGCUGGACAGCUGCUGUCACUUUUGUUUGAAGACCUGUUCAAGAAAUUCAACUCGGAACUGAAGAAAAUCGCUGACCAAAUCAUCCCCAAGCAGAGAGCCGCACAAUUUGAUGUAGUCAAGCACAUGCGUCAAGACCAGAUCACCAACGGCAUGGUUAAUGCCAUUUCAACUGGCAACUGGUCACUAAAGCGUUUCAAGAUGGACCGCCAAGGCGUGACCCAGGUUCUGUCCCGUCUGUCCUACAUCUCUGCUCUUGGUAUGAUGACUCGCAUAUCAUCUCAGUUUGAGAAGACCAGGAAAGUGAGUGGGCCGCGCUCUCUGCAGCCUUCCCAGUGGGGAAUGCUGUGUCCCUCAGACACACCUGAAGGAGAGGCAUGUGGGUUGGUGAAGAACUUGGCUCUGAUGACCCAUAUUACCACUGACAUGGAGGACACACCCAUCAUCAAGCUGGCCUUCAAUCUAGGAGUUGAGGAUGUCACCUUGCUUUGUGGCGAGGAGCUGUCCUAUCCCAGUGUCUUUCUGGUCUUUCUCAAUGGUAAUAUCCUGGGGGUGAUCCGUGACCACCAAAAGCUGGUGUACACAUUCCGCCUAAUGAGACGCGCUGGGUUCAUCAAUGAGUUUGUCUCCAUCUCCACCAACCUUACGGAUCGCUGCGUCUACAUCUCCUCCGAUGGGGGACGUCUGUGCAGGCCUUACAUCAUUGUGAAGAAGGGCCACCCAGCUGUCACCAACAAACACAUUGAGGAACUAUCGCAAGGAUACAGAAACUUUGAGGAUUUUCUCCAUGAAGGCUUGGUGGAGUAUCUAGAUGUCAACGAAGAGAAUGACUGCAACAUAGCCCUCUAUGAACACAUGAUUACCAAGGAUACCACACACUUGGAAAUCGAACCAUUCACCCUCCUUGGAGUGUGUGCUGGCCUCAUCCCUUACCCGCACCACAACCAGUCCCCAAGAAACACCUACCAGUGUGCCAUGGGCAAGCAGGCUAUGGGGACAAUUGGAUAUAACCAGAGGAAUCGCAUAGACACCCUAAUGUACCUCCUGGCCUACCCUCAGAGGCCCAUGGUCAAGACUAAGACCAUAGAACUGAUAGAUUUUGAGAAGCUGCCCGCAGGCCAGAACGCCACAGUGGCGGUGAUGAGCUACAGCGGCUACGACAUUGAGGACGCGCUGGUACUGAACAAAGCUUCGCUGGACAGAGGGUUCGGGAGGUGCUUGGUGUACAAAAAUGCCAAGUGCACUUUGAAGCGCUACACCAACCAGACGUUCGACAAGGUGAUGGGUCCUAUGCUAGAUGCUGCCACUCGUAAGCCCAUUUGGCGCCACAGCAUCCUGGAUGCCGAUGGCAUCUGUUCCCCAGGUGAGAAGGUAGAGAACAAGCAGGUUCUGGUGAACAAGUCAAUGCCCACUGUCACCCAGACACCACUGGAGGGCAGCACCCAAACAGGGCAGCCACAGUACAGGGAUGUACCCAUCACGUACAAAGGCUCAACAGACUCCUACAUUGAAAAGGUGAUGAUCUCCUCCAAUGCAGAGGAUGCUUUCCUGAUCAAGAUUUUGCUGAGGCAGACCAGACGCCCAGAGAUCGGGGAUAAGUUCAGUAGCAGACAUGGCCAGAAAGGUGUCUGUGGAUUAAUUGUCCCACAAGAGGACAUGCCCUUUUGUGAUUCUGGAAUCUGCCCUGACAUUAUCAUGAAUCCUCAUGGCUACCCAUCCCGUAUGACGGUGGGGAAGCUAAUUGAGCUGCUUGCUGGCAAAGCAGGUGUUUUGGAUGGCCGGUUCCACUAUGGCACAGCCUUUGGAGGCAGCAAGGUCAAGGAUGUUUGUGAGGAUCUCAUCCGCUAUGGAUACCACUAUCAGGGGAAGGACUAUGUUACCUCAGGCAUCACUGGAGAACCACUGGAAGCCUACAUCUACUUUGGCCCAGUUUAUUACCAGAAGCUGAAGCACAUGGUUCUAGAUAAAAUGCAUGCUAGGGCCCGAGGGCCAAGAGCUGUACUCACGAGACAGCCGACUGAGGGGCGCUCCAGAGAUGGUGGUUUGCGACUCGGAGAAAUGGAGAGGGACUGUCUGAUUGGCUACGGAGCUAGCAUGCUCCUGUUAGAGCGGCUCAUGAUUUCCAGUGAUGCAUUUGAGGUGGACGUCUGUGGACAGUGUGGGCUAUUGGGAUACUCGGCGUGGUGUCACUACUGCCGUUCCUCAUGCCACGUGUCUUCACUGCGUAUUCCCUAUGCCUGCAAGUUGCUGUUCCAGGAGCUGCAGUCUAUGAACAUUGUCCCUCGUCUCAAACUGUCCCGCUACAAUGAGUGAGACGCAACAAGCCUUCAACUCAAACAAUCAUUCUCCUUUUAAGUGACAUGUUUCAACAAAGUUCUGCAGGAACAGGGUAGCUCUAUGGGUUUACACUAAAUAUUUAUGCUUGGGGU